CCUGGCAUAUGGAAGGAUAUACAACAGCAAGAAACAGUUUUAUUCAAUCUGAGGUGUACAGCCUUCCUGAACUAUUGAGUGACUAUCUAGGAAUGAAUAUUGAUCAGUUGGAAGUGAAUAAGGCAGAUAUGGAUGGCAGCAUUAUGGUGGCUGGUGUGCUCCUGCUGAAUGUAGAAGUCAAGACUGAGCUAGGGCCCCACCUCAGGAUUGCAGGUGCCACCUACAUUGAUAAGAUUGUAUGUGACCUGCUUACACCCAUACUGCCCCUGUACCUGUAUUUUCUCCCUCAUGAGUGGAAGAAGAUGGAAGCAGUUGCUUGUGCUGUUCAUGCACUAAAAAAUGGCAUCACAGAGUUGAAAUUCUACUACAGUGACUAUCAGUAUCAGGAAUUGGAUAACCAUAACACCAACAGACAUCAUCAACUUCAGUUUCUGUAUAUUGACUUUGUAUUUGUAACAAUAAAUGAUGAAGACAUACCAGUGACAUACAUGAAGCAGUUCAACUCAAAAUUGCUAUUUGUAGCAUCACUUGACAAUAACAGCACAAACAAAGAAGUAUUAUUGAAGUUUGUGCAAACUUAUUCUGAAGAUACACACAAAAUAUGUAGUGAUAUGGACAUUGCACCUAAACUGCUGGCUGUGAAUGUAAUCACUGGCAGCUGGAAAAUAAUAGUAAUGAGUUUGUUAGGCCAAGACUUUCAACCACUGAGUGAGGCUGGUUAUGUCCAUGGUGACCUUCGUGGUCCCAAUAUUAUGGUUUCAUUUGGACAGGAGAGCAAUAAAGUCCAAGUAAAGCUUGUCAACUUUGAUUGGGCAGGCCAACAUGGUGACAUGCAUUAUUCAUUGUUUAUGAAUAUGGAUCUUAAGUGGCAUCCUAAUGUUAAAGUUGGUGUGCACAUUGAAAGGGAACAUGAUUUAUUUAUGGUCAAUCAGCUAUAUAAUGAUGUUACUAUUACAAGAGCUGACAAGAAAAGGAGAAAAUGA